AUGGAGCAACAACGAGGCGGUCGUGGUGGCGGAAAGCGAGGAAAAGGCAGAGGACGUGGAAAUCAGGGUCAACAAUCGGGCCCCCAAGGACAGCCGCAGCAACAUCAAAACCCACAGCAACAACAACACCGGCCACCUGGUCCGCCGCAACCGCAACAACAACACCGGCCACCUGGUCCGCCGCAAUACCAGCAACCACAUGGCCCGCCCCAGCAACAGAGACCUGGUCCGCCUCCAGGGGCUUCUGGACCACGAGGUCCGCCCCCUGGGUUUCCAGGGCAGCAACAAAUGCCCUUUGUCGCGCCACCUGCUGCUGCGGGACAACAGGGCCUUGGUGGUAACAAAGGGCCCGGUGGAGUCGAUCACCGGGGACCAGCUCAAGGAGUCGGUGCGCCUACCCCUGGGUCCGGUGGACGUAAACACGUUGUUCCUGAAGACGGCUGCGGAAGUGUGGUGCAAGCACCGCAACCAGUCGUGGCAUCACCUGAAGGUCCAAAACUGGAUGCUAGUCCUCCGAAUGAUGCUAGGAAACGUGGUCGUGGUGGCGGCGGUCGAGGACGUGGGCAGGACCAACCACCUGUCCUACCGGGACAGCAAGAGCUGUUCCCGUCGUUAGGCCAACAACCGGGAAUUCAACGCCAGGACCCUCCUAGGGAAUACCCAGGGUUACCGCAGCCUGCCCCUGCGCAGAAUGUGCCGGCACCUGCUCAAGCCGCACCUGUGCAGAAUGCGCCUACACCAGCGCAAGCUGCACCCGAUACAACUCCAAAAUCCGGAGGUGGCGAUUCAGAUGCGCUUGCUCUUCAGAUGCAAGCUUUGUCGGUGUACUCGAACAAAGCUGUGGCAUCCCGCCAGAAGUCGGACUUCGAAAAGAUUAUAGAAAAUCGUCCAUUUUUGCAAAGGCCCCAGCAGCCCGGUGACCGUGGACGGAAGAUUCAAUUGUUCGUCAACCAGUUCGUCGUCAGCUUGAAGAAUCCCAAGUUGAAACUUCACAUGUAUGAUGUGACCAUUGAACCAAAAUUGGAAGAAGGCAAAAAACCCAAAAGCGAGCCGGCCAGGAUGCCCAAGUGGUUGACCAGAGAACUUUGGAAGCUGUUCCUGUUGCAGCAUGAGAGAGCUCUCGGGAAUAUUGCAGCAUUUGAUGGGAGCAAGAUUUGCUAUGCUGUACAACCCGGCUUAAGAUCAGUUGGCACGUUUGAGGUGCAAUACAGAGAAGAGGGUAAGGAUCGUGUGUUCUUGAUUACCCUGAAAUCUGCUGGAGGUUUAUUGGAUAUCUCGGAUGUUCAGAAGUACUCGCAAGGAAAGCUUUCAGAAAUGCCCACGGAUUGCAUGCAGUGCAAUCAGAAUACGUAA